AUGGGUGACCGUGUUGAGGGAGACACCCCUAUCUAUCCGGGCCAAGAAUUCGUCAGUGCUUCUGGCGAGUAUCAACUCAUCUUUCAAGAGGACUCCAACCUAGUCCUCUACAAACGCAACGACGAUGGGUCUGAAGCCAUCUGGGCUUCGAACACAUACUCUGACGAAGGCUCGACCAACCACUCAGUCCUGGUUCAGCUAGACGGCAAUUUUGUAUUAUAUAACGCGGAUGGCCAGGCAUUGUGGGCUAGUGGAAGCAACUACGAUGCUGUCAAGCCCUACAUUCUUGUUCAGGAUGAUGGCAAUGUUUGUCUGUAUGACGAGGAGGUCGAAGGAUGUCACUGGUCCACUGGAACCAGUCAGUAG